AUGGCUCUCAGGCCAAUUGGCUGGAUAUGUGGGGAGUUGGUCAGGAAAUUUGCUGGACAAGCCGAGAUAAUUCAGAGAUCCUUCUUGGAAAUUAUAGAUGAAAUUAGGGAUGAAUUUCCAAACUUAUUGAGACUGACAAGUUCAAACCAGCAAAGCAAUCGCACUGUGCAGAAACCUAGAUCAGUUAUAACGAGGGAACUCUCUUCAACUCACGGAGCAAUCAUCAUGAAUGGACUAACUAAACUAUCCCGGUCUUCAAAAUCAGUGGCUAAAUUCUUGCAGCCACGAUUUGCUAGAAAGAUUACAGAGCUGAGUAUGAUAUCACAUCACUUUCUGGAAACACUGAACUCUCCCAAACAACCUCUCUAUGGAAUGAAGGAUAGGACAAUGUUCUUUUAUGAUGUUAUUUCCUAUCCGGCAAGGACUGCACUGACCAGUGUGAUGUGUGUUUCUUAUGCAGCACUAAUUUAUCUAGCAGUCUCCAUCAAUACAAUGCUGGGGAAAAUAAAAAGCAUCAUCCAAACAGAAAGCGCUUCCAGGGAAAGCAGCAGUGAUGGCGUUGAUGCAGACAGAUUUCCUAGAGCCAAUGAAGCAGCGCACGACUCUGCAACCACUCCACAAGAACCUUCAGAGUUUUCCGUGAAGUCAACACCACGUGGAAGUAUCCAUACAUUGCUUGCAGCAAUGGAUCAAGAACAAGAACAAGAAUAUUCCCUUACAGAGUAG